CUUGCGUCUCUAUGUGCCCACUUCGCACAUUUAAAGUUUUUUUUUUAGAAAAUUUAAUUUUGUGCGAAAUGUGAACAGUGUGUGACAUGUGCUAAUUAGGACUAGUGAUUGUAUUCAUAACACAACCUCAACAAUGUAAUGGCUAAGACGGUCAGAAAAGUAAAACGUGGUAAAGCUAAAGAAACAAGCAAUGUCAUCAAAGCACCAGCUAUAGUGGUUACUUCCCCAGAUAAUACAGAAAUGACUGUUAAAGUAAUCGACUCGCAAAAACUUAACGACUCCAACGCUAUCAAUGAGAAUAAGAACAAAAUGGACUUCAACGUAAAUCAACUCAUUGCUGAACUAUCAGAGAACUCACGUGCUUCUAAAGGCGAAAUCGAGCAGAUACAACGUAGACUUCUACAGCAGGCAAAUGAGAUUCUUAAAGUCAACGCCUUCGCAAAUCAGGAGCCCCGAGUAAUAAGUGCGACGCAGAAAGGUUCUAUCUACGGAAUUCCACAUACGAACGGGCUAAGUCUGGCUCAGGGUGCUCAAUUAGUUCCCGAGAAGUUAACAAAUAAUUCUAGUGCAAUGAUAAGCACGCAAAGGGUCACAGCUGAGGCGGGAAGUUUUUUCUUCGAAACAGGUUCUGCCUCGCGCGUCGCCAGUCCGCGCGCCGCGCCCAUAAGAGGCACAGUAGAAUCUGUACCGCCGUAUAGGAUGCCGCCCGCCCCGGAAACUGCCUUACCGGGUGCGCCUGCACCGAUCCUGCCAGCCGCCAUACACACACACUCGGCCAAGUUUCCCAUAGAACGUGAAGUGAUUCUGUCGUCUGGUGAUAAAAACUCGAAGGUGCCAAUUCUACAAGAGGCCAGAAAGCGUGGAAGACUUGGUGCUGUCGCUCCUGAUACGCCACCUAAGGCUCUAUCUGCAUGGACGCAUGCUGAGAAUCAAGCCGGAACAUCGGGAGACUUCAGACAGUAUCACGAUCAGUACGGCUACACACACCAUCAAGGUCAGAACUUAAAUCGCAGCGCACAAAACUACGAUUCACCCAAACCGCCUAUACCUGCCAAAAACACACCAAACAACUCACACAUGGUCACAGUCGUAGAAACAACUAAAGACAGCACCAGAGACGCCCCGAAGAGUACAAAAUCUGUCACCAAAACGUACCACACUCUGAAAGACAUGAUCUCAAGUAAGUUUAAGGGCAAGGAAAAUACUGAAGCAGAUAAGGAUGAAAGCCUUAAUAAUAAUAAUGAAGAAAGAAGACGUGAACCGGAACCGGCUACGCCGAGGGAGGGUGUUAGGAAGGAAGGAAUAUACGGAAGACCAAUGCAAAGACCCGACUUGCAGUAUAACCAUGGGAUGACUAAUAAUAUGGUGUAUUCAAGUCCAUCGCCACAUAGACAAUUAAUGCAACAGCAAAUGGUACAACAACAAAUGAUGAACCAGCAAGCGAGGUCCCAAGAGAUGCUAAAUCAACAGGCAAGGUCACAGGAGAUGUUGAAUCAACAGGCAAGGUCACAGGAGAUGUUAAAUCAGCACGGAAGAUCACAGGAGAUGCUCGCUCACCGACCACAAGCAUUGGGCGCUGAUGCGUUAUACCAACAAUAUGGACCUCCCGGCAGAAGAAGCGCUCUGUAUCAGAGGGAUCUUGAUGUAAGAUCUAUGGCGAAUUUUACAUCCCUUAAAAGUGGACCACAGCCACAGUAUGAUAACACAAACUCACGACUCGAUUUAAGAAGUCCGCAACAGCUGGAGCGUGAGAUUGUUCAACAUCGAAGACUGAUUGACGGACGACGUUCCACUUCACACCCACAUUUACUCGACGAACCCCAAAGACCUGAACCAAAACCGCAAGUGUACGAUCGUUCUAGAAGAAAUUCACACGGAAAUCUUUUAGACGGAACGCCUAAUGAAAAUGGUCCACCUAGGAGCAACGAUGAAAGAGAAUCAGACGACGGUGGCUUCAGAAUGAAAUUAGCGGCCCAAGGCAGGUCGAGUUUUGAACGCAUUCGUACCAGUGGACGAUCGGUAGAUUCCAGACAAAUUCCAGAGGAAUACAGAAGAACGCCAGACAGCCUUAGAGAAUCUCGUCGGACACCGGAUUCUAUUAACCAGAGGCAAAAAGAAAGCACUCCCAAUCCAGUAGAUGCUGAAAGGAAUGAUGAAAGUGCUAGUCAAAAAUCCGCAGACAGUGUUUAUACAACCAACAAAGGUGAAGGAUAUAAUCCGCAGCCUUCAUCGUCCAGGCAAACACCAAGCAGAAUAGAAGACUUAAAAGCACAUGGAAAAAAAGGUACUGGUGGUUCAGCAGCUAGCUCAGAUUAUGAUAAAAAUGGAGGCCAAUCAUCGAACGUGGACUCCGGUAGAGGCAGUGUGGCCUAUUCAAGUGGUCGACGCGCUGAUGCCAGCUUGCACGACACUUCAGCAGACUCAGAUGCCGCGGGGACCAGAGAACUGAGACAGCAGCCGCAGCCUGGAACCAGCCAGCAGAACCCUCAACCCGCUGGCGAAAACGAGUGGGCUGAUCUGGUGGAGUGUGAGUUACGUCAGAUUUUGGAACCUAAAUUGUCAAAUAUGAGGCUCGAUAGCUCGGAUAGUUCAGACAGUUCAAUUACACCACCCCUGCCGCCACUGUCACCAUCUUCUGACAUGCAUAAAAGGAAUAGUUUGCCAGGACGCUCAUCAGAAUACCCAGAAGAAAGGAGGCGUCGUGAUGGAAGAGAGUCUCCUCGCUGGCAUGGACAUUCUCACUCACAUAAGAAACACUCCUCAAAACGAGACCAUCAUUAUAAAAGACACUUAUUUGGCCUAGACACAACAGACAUGACGUCCACUACUACCCGCAGCCUGGAUCUAUCCUCUCUUCUUGACGGUCGAACUGACAGUGACGCAUCGACAGGCGACGCCCGCGCAAUCCGUCGGCAACUUCGAGGCUUAGAGAACAUGUACGCUGAGGUGUUGCAACUUCUAGGGGUUAGGAAACCAGCUAGUUUAGCUAAACAGCCAACUUGGGAAGCUAGAUUAUCAUCGAAGCGUCGUUACGGAAGCAUGUCUUCUCUGCCUUCGAGCUCCGUAAGCAGCCGGCCGCAAAGAGACAAGAGACGAUCCUCCGACCAUCGGAAGAAAAAUGAUUUGAAGGGCAUAAAUAAACGUUUCCAACGGUUGGAGUCGCAUGUUGUGACUUUGGCUCGCUCAGUUGCCCACUUGUCUAGUGAAAUGCGGACACAACACCUUGUCAUGCAGGAGAUGGAUAACAUCCGAGCUGAGAUUGCUGCGCUUAGGCAUAUGUACAAAUCGCAACAAUACAUAAGAUCAGGUCACUCUCGGCACCUAGACCCAUUCUCGUUCAGCAACCCCGACCGCGUCAAGAGACUCACCAAGUUCUUCGGAGACGAGCCACCACUCAUGAGACUGUUCCUCAAGAAACUUGGUUACGAGAAAUAUGCUGCAAUGUUAGAGAAGGAGAAAGUCGGUGCCGCUGAACUACCUUAUGUAGGAGAAGAUAAGUUGAGAGCUCUGGGUGUACCUUUAGGGCCUCGAAUGAGAAUCUUGAAGGAAGCCGGUAUUCAUCACGAUUUACACUUCCCAAGAGAUGAUCCAAAUACAACUACUACCACACUUGCUAUAGUUUAAGAAAUCAAUCAAUAUCAAUUUAAAUAACUCUAAACUAAACUCUAGUAUCUUAUAUGUGCAGUGUAUUUUUUUAUUUGUACGGCACAAAAUUCUGAUUACAUUUGAUUUGUAAAUGUAUGUUGUUAUUGUAUUAUGUUAAAAAAAAACUGCAACAUUUUUUAAAAAUAAUAGUUAAAAUAUAUCAUAUUUUAAUAAACUUAAUAAAAUUGUCGUGACACAUUUUUCAUAAUAAAUUGUUUUUAUUUCGGAAUCAUAAAGACGACAGUGAUCGUUCUAAAAAACUAUAAGGCGUGAUUAAGGACCACAUAUUUGUGUUUUUUUUUAUUAUUAUUAUAGUUAGUCAAUCUUUUAAAUGUAUUAAAAUUUUGUCAGGAUGGAGGAAUUUAAAAAAAACUCAAAAAACUGUUGUAAUGUGUUUUUGCCACAGCAUUGAUACAGCCUUUUUACAAUACUGUCAUUAUUAGCAUAUUAUUAAUCGACGGAAAUUAUAUUUGCAGUGUUAAGUGACCUCAAUAUUUCACCUUUAAAAAAUAUCUUAUCAAAGUGUUCAUAGUUUAGUGUUAUUGUUUUGUUUAUAAAUUUUGCCUUUUUAAUACUCAACAAGAAAUGGGAGAAUAUAGAGGCUAGAAUUUUGAUUUUCUUAACUCGUAAUUUUAAAAAAUCUGUAAGGUGAUUCUCGAAUUUAAUGACGAAGUCUUAAUGUAUACUUAUAUAUUAUUUUCUUGAGAUUCUAUUGUUUUAAGAUAAGGCUUAUGGUGAGCUAAAACUUUUCGUGAAUAUAUUUAAAAAGGAUUUAAGGAGGAAUUGUGAAGAACUUUAAACGGGUUCUUCAAGAAAACAGCGUACCAAUUCUUACUUACGAGCCUUCUUGCAAAGUGAGUAUCCAUGAGCGGCUGUAUCACUUAACAUCAGGUGAGCCAACAGGCUGUUUGCCUCCAUAAAAGAAACUAUUUUUUUUACACAUAUUUCACUGAAACGUCGCUGCUACAUUGAUAUUUAUAUUAUAAUCGCCUUUAUAAAUUUUGGAACAUACGUUUUGGACAUGCAAAAUAUUAUGCCAAAGAAUCUUCGGCAUAAAUGUACAUAGAUGUAUAUAAUUAAUGGGAAGCAACGAAUCACAACGAAUAAAAUAAUCAUUAGUAUAAUUUAGAUUGUAAGUUUUAUAUAUUUUCUUUUGUAAAUUAGUAAAUAAAUAUUUUAUACGGUA